UGAAACCUGCAACUCUCCUCAGCCUGUUAGUGUCUCUUUUGUCGUUCAGUUUGAUGUUUUGAUCGUUUUAUGUGUCUUUGUGACAUGAAACUCUGAUAUGUCCCAUAAUACUGAUGAUUAGAGUUGGUGAAGGAAAAAUUAACAAAUCUAGUUUUAUUCUUCAGACUGAGAUACCCGGAUGGAUUUAAACUGAUCUAGUGUCAGUUUUUACCAGAACUCAGAUGUGUUUCUCCUCCUAAAUGUCAUGGUUCUGUCUGCUGGACUGAUGAAGUUCUGAAAAAGGCCAUUAAAAGGUGAUAAAUCUGGACCCUCCUCUAUGGACCUGAAGGGAAAUAUUCCCAGUCUAAAGGUAAAACACUGAUCGUUGAUGAAGUUAAUGGAGAUGAAGAACCAGAUGGUUCUUUGUGGUAAUUAUGAUUCUUUUAGUAGAGGUCUUGAAUCUUUCUGAGGUAUUUUCACCUGUUUUGUGGUGAUUUGGGGUUAUUUUGUCGUAAUUUGGACCCUGUUUGUGGAGCUUUUGGUCUCUUUUUGUGCUGAUUUUGUGUCCGUUUGUGGUAGUUUUGACCUUUUUUGGUUACUCUAUAUCUUUUAGUGGACAUUUUGUGUUUCUGUGACAUGUUUACUUGUUUCUGUGGUGAUUUGGGGUCUUUUUGUACUGAUUUGGUCUCUUUUUGUGGGAAUUUUCCAGCUUUUUUUAGUUGUUAUAGUUACAGUUUUUACCAGAACUCAGAUGUGUUUUUCCUCCUAAUUGUCAUGGUUCUAUCUGGACCCACCUCUAUGGACUUCAAGGACCUGGAACUCUGGAAAUAUUCCCAGUGUGAAGGUAGAAUUCUGAUAAUUAAUAAAGCUACUGGAGAUGUAGAACCAGAUGUUCUGAGGAGGUUCAGGGAGGACGUUUGUUCAGAUUUGGUUCCUUGUCUCUUGUCAGACAUGAACAAGAAGAAAUGAUCCUCUCUCACAUUACAAACCAACACAAUGGUUCUACAGACCUGAUGAAGCUAAAACUUUGCAUGGCUUCAACACACAUUCUAUAGUUUUUGUAGAUUCUGAGACAGAUGGUUCAGAUGUGGCUGAUUUAAGGUGGAAAGAUUCCUGGAUAACGUUGAGAUCAGAUCAGAUGCUGAAGCACUGGGCAGCUGUGUCUUAUGCAUGCAACCAGUUCCAGGGACUUUUUCAGGGUAGAACCUCAUCAUCAGAGAGGUCUGAUUGAUUUCUUACCCUGGAGUGACUCUAAUAACUGAGUCGUAUUGGUUGUCCUGGUCGUCCUGGUCAUAUUGGUUGUCCCGGUUGUGCUGGUCAUCCCUGUCGUUCCGGUCGUCCCGGUCAUAUUGGUCGUCCCGGUCAUAUUGGUCGUCCCGGUCGUCCUGGUCGUAUUGGUCGUCCCGGUCGUAUUGGUCGUCCCGGUCGUAUUGGUCGUCCAAGUCAUCCCAGUCAUAUUGGUCGUCCCGGUCGUACUGGUCGUCCCGGUCGUACUGGUCGUGCCGGUCAUAUUGGUCGUCCCGGUCAUAUUGGUCGUGCCGGUCAUAUUGGUCGUCCCGGUCAUAUUGGUCGUGCCAGUCAUAUUGGUCGUCCCGGUCGUAUUGGUCGUGCCAGUCAUAUUGGUCAUCCCAGUCAUAUUGGUCGUCCCGGUCGUCCCGGUCAUAUUGGUCGUCCCGGUCGUCCCGGUCAUAUUGGUCGUCCCGGUCAUCCCAGUCAUAUUGGUCGUACUGGUCGUCCCGGUCGUAUUGGUCGUCCCGGUUGUGCUGGUCAUCCUGGUUGUAUUGGUCGUGCUGGUCUUCCCAGUCGUAUUGGUUAUCCCGGUCAUUCCGGUCGUCCCGGUCUUGCUGGUUGUAUUGGUCGUCUUGGUCGUCCUGGUUGUAUUGAUCGUCCCAGUCGUUCUGGGCGUCCCGGUCAUAUGUGUCGUCCCGGUCGUGCCGGUCAUAUUGGUCAUAGUAGUGCUGGUCGUCGUGGUCAUGCUGGUUGUUCUGGUCGUCCUGGUUGUAUUAGUCCUGGUUGUAUUAGUCCUGGUCGUAUUAGUCCUGGUCGUCCUGGUCGUAUUAGUCCUGGUCGUCCUGGUCGUAUUAGUCCUGGUCGUAUUAGUCCUGGUCGUCCUGGUCGUAUUAGUCCUGGUCGUCCUGGUCGUAUUAGUCCUGGUCGUCCUGGUCGUAUUAGUCCUGGUCGUCCUGGUCGUAUUAGUCCUGGUCGUCCUGGUCGUAUUAGUCCUGGUCGUCCUGGUCGUAUUAGUCCUGGUCGUAUUGGUCGUAUUAGUCCUGGUCGUAUUGGUCGUAUUAGUCCUGGUCGUCCUGGUCGUAUUGGUCGUAUUAGUCCUGGUCGUCCUGGUCGUAUUGGUCGUAUUAGUCCUGGUCGUAUUAGUCCUGGUCGUCCUGGUCGUAUUAGUCCUGGUCGUCCUGGUCGUAUUAGUCCUGGUCGUAUUGGUCGUAUUAGUCCUGGUCGUAUUGGUCGUAUUAGUCCUGGUCGUACUGGUCGUAUUAGUCCUGGUCGUACUGGUCGUAUUGGUCGUAUUAGUCCUGGUCGUAUUGGUCGUAUUAGUCCUGGUCGUACUGGUCGUAUUAGUCCUGGUCGUACUGGUCGUAUUAGUCCUGGUCGUCCUGGUCGUAUUGGUCGUAUUAGUCCUGGUCGUCCUGGUCGUAUUAGUCCUGGUCGUCCUGGUCGUAUUAGUCCUGGUCGUAUUGGUCGUAUUAGUCCUGGUCGUCCUGGUCGUAUUGGUCGUAUUAGUCCUGGUCGUAUUGGUCGUAUUAGUCCUGGUCGUCCUGGUCGUAUUAGUCCUGGUCGUCCUGGUCGUAUUAGUCCUGGUCGUCCUGGUCGUAUUAGUCCUGGUCGUAUUGGUCGUAUUAGUCCUGGUCGUCCUGGUCGUAUUGGUCGUAUUAGUCCUGGUCGUAUUAGUCCUGGUCGUAUUGGUCGUAUUAGUCCUGGUCGUCCUGGUCGUAUUAGUCCUGGUCGUAUUGGUCGUAUUGGUCGUAUUAGUCCUGGUCGUAUUGGUCGUAUUAGUCCUGGUCGUAUUGGUCGUAUUAGUCCUGGUCGUCCUGGUCGUAUUAGUCCUGGUCGUCCUGGUCGUAUUGGUCGUAUUAGUCCUGGUCGUAUUGGUCGUAUUAGUCCUGGUCGUAUUGGUCGUAUUAGUCCUGGUCGUAUUAGUCCUGGUCGUAUUGGUCGUAUUAGUCCUGGUCGUAUUAGUCCUGGUCGUCCUGGUCGUAUUAGUCCUGGUCGUAUUGGUAGUAUUAGUCCUGGUCGUACUGGUAGUAUUAGUCCUGGUCGUAUUGGUCGUAUUAGUCCUGGUCGUAUUAGUCCUGGUCGUAUUAGUCCUGGUCGUAUUGGUCGUAUUAGUCCUGGUCGUCCUGGUCGUAUUAGUCCUGGUCGUCCUGGUCGUAUUAGUCCUGGUCGUAUUGGUAGUAUUAGUCCUGGUCGUACUGGUCGUAUUAGUCCUGGUCGUAUUAGUCCUGGUCGUAUUAGUCCUGGUCGUAUUGGUCGUAUUAGUCCUGGUCGUCCUGGUCGUAUUGGUCGUAUUAGUCCUGGUCGUAUUAGUCCUGGUCGUAUUGGUCGUAUUAGUCCUGGUCGUCCUGGUCGUAUUAGUCCUGGUCGUCCUGGUCGUAUUAGUCCUGGUCGUAUUGGUAGUAUUAGUCCUGGUCGUACUGGUCGUAUUAGUCCUGGUCGUAUUAGUCCUGGUCGUAUUAGUCCUGGUCGUAUUGGUCGUAUUAGUCCUGGUCGUCCUGGUCGUAUUAGUCCUGGUCGUCCUGGUCGUAUUGGUCGUAUUAGUCCUGGUCGUAUUGGUCGUAUUAGUCCUGGUCGUAUUGGUCGUAUUAGUCCUGGUCGUCCUGGUCGUAUUGGUCGUAUUAGUCCUGGUCGUCCUGGUCGUAUUGGUCGUAUUAGUCCUGGUCGUCCUGGUCGUAUUGGUCGUAUUAGUCCUGGUCGUCCUGGUCGUAUUGGUCGUAUUAGUCCUGGUCGUAUUGGUCGUAUUAGUCCUGGUCGUCCUGGUCGUAUUAGUCCUGGUCGUCCUGGUCGUAUUAGUCCUGGUCGUAUUGGUCGUAUUAGUCCUGGUCGUACUGGUCGUAUUAGUCCUGGUCGUACUGGUCGUAUUAGUCUUGGUCGUAUUGGUCGUAUUAGUCCUGGUCGUAUUGGUCGUAUUAGUCCUGGUCGUACUGGUCGUAUUAGUCCUGGUCGUACUGGUCGUAUUAGUCCUGGUCGUCCUGGUCGUAUUGGUCGUAUUAGUCCUGGUCGUCCUGGUCGUAUUAGUCCUGGUCGUCCUGGUCGUAUUAGUCCUGGUCGUAUUAGUCCUGGUCGUAUUGGUCGUAUUAGUCCUGGUCGUCCUGGUCGUAUUGGUCGUAUUAGUCCUGGUCGUAUUAGUCCUGGUCGUAUUGGUCGUAUUAGUCCUGGUCGUAUUAGUCCUGGUCGUAUUGGUCGUAUUAGUCCUGGUCGUAUUGGUCGUAUUAGUCCUGGUCGUCCUGGUCGUAUUAGUCCUGGUCGUCCUGGUCGUAUUAGUCCUGGUCGUAUUAGUCCUGGUCGUAUUGGUCGUAUUAGUCCUGGUCGUCCUGGUCGUAUUGGUCGUAUUAGUCCUGGUCGUAUUAGUCCUGGUCGUAUUGGUCGUAUUAGUCCUGGUCGUCCUGGUCGUAUUAGUCCUGGUCGUAUUGGUCGUAUUAGUCCUGGUCGUAUUGGUCGUAUUAGUCCUGGUCGUAUUGGUCGUAUUAGUCCUGGUCGUCCUGGUCGUAUUAGUCCUGGUCGUCCUGGUCGUAUUGGUCGUAUUAGUCCUGGUCGUAUUGGUCGUAUUAGUCCUGGUCGUCCUGGUCGUAUUAGUCCUGGUCGUCCUGGUCGUAUUAAUCCUGGUCGUAUUGGUCGUAUUAGUCCUGGUCGUAUUAGUCCUGGUCGUAUUGGUCGUAUUAGUCCUGGUCGUAUUAGUCCUGGUCGUCCUGGUCGUAUUAGUCCUGGUCGUCCUGGUCGUAUUAGUCCUGGUCGUCCUGGUCGUAUUAGUCCUGGUCGUAUUGGUAGUAUUAGUCCUGGUCGUACUGGUAGUAUUAGUCCUGGUCGUAUUGGUCGUAUUAGUCCUGGUCGUAUUAGUCCUGGUCGUAUUAGUCCUGGUCGUAUUGGUCGUAUUAGUCCUGGUCGUCCUGGUCGUAUUAGUCCUGGUCGUCCUGGUCGUAUUAGUCCUGGUCGUAUUGGUCAUAUUAGUCCUGGUCGUCCUGGUCGUAUUGGUCGUAUUAGUCCUGGUCGUAUUGGUCGUAUUAGUCCUGGUCGUCCUGGUCGUAUUAGUCCUGGUCGUCCUGGUCGUAUUAGUCCUGGUCGUAUUAGUCCUGGUCGUAUUGGUCGUAUUAGUCCUGGUCGUCCUGGUCGUAUUGGUCGUAUUAGUCCUGGUCGUAUUAGUCCUGGUCGUAUUGGUCGUAUUAGUCCUGGUCGUCCUGGUCGUAUUAGUCCUGGUCGUAUUGGUCGUAUUAGUCCUGGUCGUAUUGGUCGUAUUAGUCCUGGUCGUAUUGGUCGUAUUAGUCCUGGUCGUCCUGGUCGUAUUAGUCCUGGUCGUCCUGGUCGUAUUGGUCGUAUUAGUCCUGGUCGUAUUGGUCGUAUUAGUCCUGGUCGUCCUGGUCGUAUUAGUCCUGGUCGUCCUGGUCGUAUUAGUCCUGGUCGUAUUGGUCGUAUUAGUCCUGGUCGUAUUAGUCCUGGUCGUAUUAGUCCUGGUCGUAUUGGUCGUAUUAGUCCUGGUCGUAUUAGUCCUGGUCGUCCUGGUCGUAUUAGUCCUGGUCGUCCUGGUCGUAUUAGUCCUGGUCGUCCUGGUCGUAUUAGUCCUGGUCGUCCUGGUCGUAUUAGUCCUGGUCGUAUUGGUAGUAUUAGUCCUGGUCGUACUGGUAGUAUUAUUCCUGGUCGUAUUGGUCGUAUUAGUCAUGGUCGUAUUAGUCCUGGUCGUAUUCGUCCUGGUCGUAUUAGUCCUGGUCGUCCUGGUCAUAUUAGUCCUGGUCGUCCUGGUCGUAUUGGUCGUAUUAGUCCUGGUCGUAUUGGUCGUAUUAGUCCUGGUCGUCCUGGUCGUAUUAGUCCUGGUCGUCCUGGUCGUAUUAGUCCUGGUCGUAUUAGUCCUGGUCGUAUUGGUCGUAUUAGUCCUGGUCGUCCUGGUCGUAUUGGUCGUAUUAGUCCUGGUCGUAUUAGUCCUGGUCGUAUUGGUCGUAUUAGUCCUGGUCGUCCUGGUCGUAUUAGUCCUGGUCGUAUUGGUCGUAUUAGUCCUGGUCGUAUUGGUCGUAUUAGUCCUGGUCGUAUUGGUCGUAUUAGUCCUGGUCGUCCUGGUCGUAUUAGUCCUGGUCGUCCUGGUCGUAUUGGUCGUAUUAGUCCUGGUCGUAUUGGUCGUAUUAGUCCUGGUCGUCCUGGUCGUAUUAGUCCUGGUCGUCCUGGUCGUAUUAGUCCUGGUCGUAUUGGUCGUAUUAGUCCUGGUCGUAUUAGUCCUGGUCGUAUUGGUCGUAUUAGUCCUGGUCGUAUUAGUCCUGGUCGUCCUGGUCGUAUUAGUCCUGGUCGUCCUGGUCGUAUUAGUCCUGGUCGUCCUGGUCGUAUUAGUCCUGGUCGUAUUGGUAGUAUUAGUCCUGGUCGUACUGGUAGUAUUAUUCCUGGUCGUAUUGGUCGUAUUAGUCCUGGUCGUAUUAGUCCUGGUCGUAUUAGUCCUGGUUGUAUUGGUCGUAUUAGUCCUGGUCGUCCUGGUCGUAUUAGUCCUGGUCCUAUUGGUAGUAUUAGUCCUGGUCGUACUGGUCGUAUUAGUCCUGGUCGUAUUAGUCCUGGUCGUAUUAGUCCUGGUCGUAUUAGUCCUGGUCGUAUUGGUCGUAUUAGUCCUGGUCGUCCUGGUCGUAUUGGUCGUAUUAGUCCUGGUCGUAUUAGUCCUGGUCGUAUUGGUCGUAUUAGUCCUGGUCGUAUUGGUCGUAUUAGUCCUGGUCGUAUUAGUCCUGGUCGUAUUGGUCGUAUUAGUCCUGGUCGUCCUGGUCGUAUUAGUCCUGGUCGUAUUGGUAGUAUUAGUCCUGGUCGUACUGGUCGUAUUAGUCCUGGUCGUAUUGGUAGUAUUAGUCCUGGUCGUACUGGUAGUAUUAGUCCUGGUCGUAUUGGUCGUAUUAGUCCUGGUCGUAUUAGUCCUGGUCGUAUUAGUCCUGGUCGUAUUGGUCGUAUUAGUCCUGGUCGUAUUGGUCGUAUUAGUCCUGGUCGUAUUGGUCGUAUUAGUCCUGGUCGUAUUGGUCGUAUUAGUCCUGGUCGUAUUAGUCCUGGUCGUAUUGGUCGUAUUAGUCCUGGUCGUAUUAGUCCUGGUCGUAUUAGUCCUGGUCGUAUUAGUCCUGGUCGUCCUGGUUGUAUUAGUCCUGGUCGUAUUGGUAGUAUUAGUCCUGGUCGUACUGGUCGUAUUAGUCCUGGUCGUAUUGGUCGUAUUAGUCCUGGUCGUCCUGGUUGUAUUAGUCCUGGUCGUAUUGGUCGUAUUAGUCCUGGUCGUCCUGGUUGUAUUAGUCCUGGUCGUAUUGGUCGUAUUAGUCCUGGUCGUAUUGGUCGUAUUAGUCCUGGUCGUAUUGGUCGUAUUAGUCCUGGUCGUAUUAGUCCUGGUCGUAUUGGUAGUAUUAGUCCUGGUCGUCCUGGUUGUAUUCGUCCUGGUCGUACUGGUAGUAUUAGUCCUGGUCGUACUGGUCGUAUUAGUCCUGGUCGUAUUGGUCGUAUUAGUCCUGGUCGUGCUGGUCGUAUUAGUCCUGGUCGUCCUGGUCGUAUUAGUCCUGGUCGUAUUGGUCGUAUUAGUCCUGGUCGUAUUGGUCGUAUUAGUCCUGGUCGUAUUGGUCGUAUUAGUCCUGGUCGUAUUGGUCGUAUUAGUCCUGGUCGUAUUGGUCGUAUUAGUCCUGGUCGUAUUGGUAGUAUUAGUCCUGGUCGUACUGGUCGUAUUAGUCCUGGUCGUAUUAGUCCUGGUCGUACUGGUCGUAUUAGUCCUGGUCGUACUGGUCGUAUUAGUCCUGGUCGUAUUGGUCGUAUUAGUCCUGGUCGUCCUGGUCGUAUUAGUCCUGGUCGUAUUAGUCCUGGUCGUAUUGGUCGUAUUAGUCCUGGUCGUACUGGUCGUAUUAGUCCUGGUCGUAUUGGUCGUAUUAGUCCUGGUCGUCCUGGUCGUAUUAGUCCUGGUCGUAUUGGUAGUAUUAGUCCUGGUCGUACUGGUCGUAUUAGUCCUGGUCGUAUUGGUCGUAUUAGUCCUGGUCGUCCUGGUCGUAUUAGUCCUGGUCGUAUUGGUAGUAUUAGUCCUGGUCGUACUGGUCGUAUUAGUCCUGGUCGUAUUGGUCGUAUUAGUCCUGGUCGUACUGGUCGUAUUAGUCCUGGUCGUAUUGGUAGUAUUAGUCCUGGUCGUACUGGUCGUAUUAGUCCUGGUCGUAUUAGUCCUGUUCGUAUUGGUCGUAUUAGUCCUGGUCGUACUGGUCGUAUUAGUCCUGGUCGUAUUGGUCGUAUUAGUCCUGGUCGUCCUGGUCGUAUUAGUCCUGGUCGUAUUGGUAGUAUUAGUCCUGGUCGUACUGGUCGUAUUAGUCCUGGUCGUAUUAGUCCUGGUCGUACUGGUCGUAUUAGUCCUGGUCGUAUUGGUCGUAUUAGUCCUGGUCGUCCCUCCAGCAGCAGCGAGGCCUGUUGUUCUCCAGCCCUGGUUUUAACGUCCGGCCUGGGACUGAGCUUCUGGGUCAGGCAGCUAUUAGCUCUGAGGGGGUGGAGGACAAAGCAGCCUUUCAUGUUCCGUCUCUGGAUUUAAAUAUAGCCGCUGCUGUGUUUUUCCUCUGGCCAGACGGGACUCCAUGUUCCUGCUGCUCUUCACACUUUAUUAUCACAACCUUUCAUCAGUUUAUCAGACUGUAGUUUCUGUCCCUCGAUGGAGGCAUAGAUCCAGAACCACUGUAAAACCUUUCUCUACACAGUCAGGACAAACUUUUGUCACACAGACAACUUAUAAAUCCCAAACUUUUCUUUUUAUGGCUGUAAUAAACUGUGCAGCCUCUGGAGGACGCUAACAGUCUAAAUAAACCGUCCUCCUCGUGCGCUUUUAAUACCGUUAAUACAAACUGAAUGAUUAAUUUACUUUAAUUUCAUAUGUUUUUGUUAGAUUUAAUACAGUUUUCUUUUAAAAUCAGCAUCUGUAGGUGUGGAAUAUGAAACGUCCUGGAAACCAGGAAACUCCCAGAACGUUUUAGGUCUGUAGAACCAUGCUGCUGUUUGGUAAUGUGAGAGACGAUCUUUGUUCUUGUUUAUGUCUGACAAACGGAACAUUCCAGAGAAAAGGAACCAAAUCUGAACAAAAUCCCCCGACUUCUUCAUCUGCAGUACCUUCAUCAGUGAUCAGAGUUCUACCUUCAGACUGGGAAUAUUUCACUUCAUGUCCAUAGAGGAGGCUCCACAUUUAUCACCUUUAAUGGCCUUUAUCAGAACUUCAUCAGUCCAGCAGACAGAACCAUGACAUGUAGGAGGAGAUACGCAUCUAAGGUCUAGGAAAAACUGACACUAAAAUAAAUUAAAAAGCUGAAAAAUUACCACAAAAAGAAGUAAAUGUAUCACAAAGAGGCACAAAAUUUCUACAGAAAACAUGCAAAAUAAACUAAUCACAAAUUUGAAAUGUUUUAGACAUGUUUAAGGUAUUUUUGGGCAGGUUUAAGGUCACUCAGGAAAAAUAUUUCAUUAUAUGUACGUAUUAAAUAGCGGCAAAUUUAAAAAGUGAUAAAUGUGGAGCCACCUCUAUGGACAUGAAGUGAAAUAUUCCCAGUCUGAAGGUAGAACUCUGAUCACUGAUGAAGUUACUGCAGAUGAAGAACCAGAUGUUCUGAGGAGGUUCUGGUGGAGACUCUGAUAUUUUCUGGAACGAUCCAGAUGUGUCCAGACUGCAGCUGUGCAUUUUUCCAUCUUCCUUGCAAAAUGAUGAAGCCCAAGUUAGUAAUAAGAAGAAUUGUUGGUUUCAGAAUAUCAUGUAUAUUUAAGGAGAUUCCACAGAGAUGAAUCUGUAUUAUGUUCCUUUGCAAAUCACCUCCAAAUCCUCCCACUAAAACAUUAAAUCCAUCGUCAUCUUUGUGGC